GAGUUAAAAAAGAUUCACCGGAACUUAACGCAAAGCGGUGUGAUUGAGUUGUUUGCGGUGUGAUUGAGUUGUUUGCGUAGAGGAGGAGGAAGAAGAAGAAGAUGGCUGAAGAUACAGCGAAACCAAUUAGGUUACUAAAUUUCGUCUCGGAGGACCAGUUAGAUGAAUCGAAGAAAGAAGGAGGUGAAAGAGUUGAAGAUGGAACAUUCCAGAGAGACAGGGCUCUCUUCGAGAUUUUGAAAGAGAACAAAGACAAGAAGGACGCUGAGUUUAAUGAACGAUUCAAGCAUAGACCACCUAAAGCUCUGGAUGAAGAUGAGACUGAGUUUCUUGAUAAACUGGAGAUGUCAAAGAGGGAAUAUGAACGGCAAAUGGCAAAUGAAGAAGAAGAGCAACUUCGUAGUUUCCAGGCAGCGGUUGCAGCACGAUCAGCUAUCAUUCACGAACUUAAGGAUCCAGCACCGCCACCACCAGCUCCAACCACCAAGGAACAAAAACCAACCGGGAAAAGAAAUCCUGCAACUCGUCCAUUUAAGGCAAUCGUAAAAGUCAAGCCAGUACUGAAGAAGGCUAAGGCGACUGAGAAAGAAGAGGAAGAGAUCCCAGGGAAUGAAAAAACAGCUAGCCAAAUCGACCGGACUUCUUUAGAUUCCGUAAAAGGCAAUGUUACAGGUAAAACUACUGAACCUCUGCUAACAGGGUUAGGCUUAGUCUCAUAUAGUGAUGAAAGUGAAGACGAUGAUUAACAUUUUUGUAUUACUGACACAAGAAUCUGUAAACAUUCUCAAUGAAUCCAAACAUUGAAACUUUUUGGUUUCAAGUCUCA